CUAAAGACUUGAUCUUAAAUACCCAUCUCAUGACUUCUGUUUUUCUCCUUUAACUUAUCAGUUCCUUCCGGAUUCCCGCCCACUUUCCCUCUUUCACAGAUGUUUUCUGCUCCCUCUUGAGUGGUUGCUUGGCUACCUCCAGGCCGCAGAGCAGACGGCGCAGAAUUAUAGUGUCACCAGCCAGCGCAGUGAGUCCUGUCGCGCUGAAGCUCUUCAGGUCGUCUUUGAACUCUAGAUCGAGACUGGGACAGAAAAUGGAGCAUUUAUCUUCAGCUGGGCUGGGAAGCCUGCAAGUCUAGUCUGAAGGAUGUUGGAGCGACCACCAUGGGCCAUGCCCUGUGUAUCUGUUCCAGGGGGACCAUCAGCAUCAAUAACAAACGCUAUCUUUUAAUCCACAGGCUUGGGGAGGGUGGCUUCAGCUAUGUGGACCUUGUCGAAGGGCUGCAUGAUGGGCGCUUCUAUGCUUUGAAACGUAUCAUUUGCCAUGACAAGGAUGAUCAUCAGGGAGCUCUGCACGAGGUGGAGAUGCACCUGCUUUUUGAGCACCCCAACAUCUUGCCCCUCUGUGCACAUGCCAUGGUAGAGAAAGGAUCCAAACAUGAGGCCUGGCUCCUCUUGCCUUUCCUCAAGAGAGGGACCCUCUGGCAGGAAGUGGAAGCUCUGAGAGAUAAAGGCUCCUUCAUGCCCGAGGAGCGGAUCCUGGUUAUUUUUCACGGAAUCUGCCGAGGACUGCAGGCCAUUCAUAACAAGGGAUAUGCGCACAGAGAUCUAAAACCAACAAAUGUGCUGCUAGACAAUGAAGAUCAGCCCCUGCUAAUGGACCUAGGCUCUAUGAAUCGGGCUCACAUUGAGGUGCGGACCUCACGGGAGGCCAUGACUAUUCAGGACUGGGCUGCCCAACGCUGCACCAUCUCAUAUCGGGCCCCAGAACUGUUCAAUGUUGAACGUGAAUGUGUUAUUGAUGAACGUACUGACAUCUGGUCCUUAGGCUGCGUUCUCUACUGCAUGAUGUUUGGUGAAGGACCUUAUGACAUGAUCUUCCAAAAGGGGGACAGUGUGGCCUUAGCUGUUCAAAACCACCUUAAGGUGCCCCAGAAUACCAGAUACUCCCCAGCCUUGGAAGACCUCCUCUCUUCUACAAUGAUAGUGAAUCCCCAGGAGCGCCCGUUCAUUGCUAACAUAAUCUGUCAGCUUGAAGCGAUACAGCCACCUCUCACUGGACAGGAGGCCACACGCAUCUGAGACCACAGAAGGUGCAGCUAAAAACAGAAGCAGCUGGUGGCAUUUCAGCCCAGGUGGGACCUCAAGAGAUGAAGUUCAGACCAAACAUUAUGACAAGAUGCCAUGCUGAAGGCCAGUCUCAUAUUUACAGGAACUGUCUUACAAUGGGACUGCAUUAAGGACAAUGCUGGUCUUUGGGACUCACUCCCCUACUCUUUUCUGUAUCUUGCCAGGCUUUGACUGCUCCGUUUCAUUACCAACUGCUUCCACAAAGCAUGACAACCCCAAGGGAGCAAAAUCCCCUUUCUUUGUGAAAAAAAAAAAAUUCUCCUAAUAUGUACCUGAAUGUGUAAGCGUGGAUCGAUGCCGAAAUUGUUUUGAUAAAGGCAUGCCCUCGGGGCCUAUGUGUUAAAUAAAAUGCAGCCACCUAUCUUAGACAUUUUUAAACCACAAGGAUGAUAAAAAUGUGAUCCAGCAA